AUCACAUCCGGCGGUGAUUGGGAGAUCCAUAGGGCGGCGCACAAUUGGUCCAGCGUCGACAAGGUUUGGUCGGGUAGGCCGUCAUAGUUAAGAACCUAUUCUUAUUUACAGUCUUGCUUGGUUAAAUAAAGGUUACAUUAAAAAAAUGUGUGUUCAGGAAUGUAUUUGUUCUCCAGUCCCUUUAACCUGACGCUAUUUUGAAUACAGUAGCGGCAGAUGUCGUCUCACAUAGGCUGGAUCACAUGGUACGCAUAGUGUGUGACGUAGAAGGUUAUUGGAUAGAAGAGGAAGAGAAGAUGUCUACUGCCAUCCUAAUAUAGCAGAAAAUAAAAACAUCGACCCAAUUCAUUCUACACUCAUCAUUUAGCGGUCUAGGCAACAACCACUGCAUUGUAUUGUUGCAGAACGGUCUCAAUGGCUGUGGCACAUGCGAAACAAACGGUCCUAAAUCCGGUGAUUCCAUUCACUGGGGCCAUACCUGGGGGACUACACCCCGGGGAGAUAGUCCUUAUCCAGGGCACUGUUCUCAAUGAUGCUGACAGGUUCCAGAUGGACCUAUCCUGUGGCACCAGCACUAAACCUCGUGCGGACAUCGCCCUCCACUUCAACCCCCGUUUUAAGGGCUCCCCGUGCGUGGUGUGUAACUCCCUGGUGCAGGAGAGUUGGGGCUGGGAGGAGACCCUUCAGCAGCUGCCCUACAGACAGGGAGCAGCCUUCGAAACGAUCAUCCUGGUCCAUGAUGAUGUCUUUAAGGUGGCAGUAAAUGGUUCUCCUUUGUUAGAAUACAAGCACAGAAUCCCACUGGACAGGAUUGACACAUUUUCUAUAUCUGGGAAAGUCAAGGUGCGCGCCAUUGGCUUUAUACCAAAUUCAGCAAUAUACUCAAUCUCAGGUGACCUGAGUCUCCCUUACAAAGGCAGUCUACUGAAAGGGGUGAGUCCAGGACAGCACAUCACAAUCAAAGGACACGUCAGCAUGUACCCACACAGCUUCACUGUGAACCUCCGCAACAAUGGCAGUGAGAACAUCGCUCUGCACCUGAACCCCCGGAUGAAGUCGGCCAUGUUCAUCAGGAACUCCUACCUGAGUGAGUCCUGGGGACCAGAGGAGAGGGAGCUUCCAGUCUUCCCCUUCUCACCUGGGGAGUACUUUGAGAUGCUGAUCCUCUGCCAGCCCCACCAGUUCAAGCUGGCGGUGAAUGGCUCUCACCUGCUGGAAUACAGGCACCGGGUGCAGGACCUGAGCACCAUCAACCAGCUGGAGAUCAUGGGAGACCUGGAGCUGAUGGACAUCAAGCUGUGGUGACCCAUAUCAGAGGCAAGCUAGGCCACAAUGGGCUAAGCCCUAUUCUGGACGACAGGCCCGUUCACAACUCCCCCACCCUGGGCAGUGAGCAGUGCUUGAGCCAGCCUGAUUAUGGGUUCCAAUGUCUGAGCCAUGAGGUUUACAGCUGAGGUAGCCUUGGAUCUGUUUGAGUGGGUCCACAGGAUUUGACAGUAAUACUUUUAUGCACUAUCUGGUGCAAGGGAGGCUGGAAUAAUGUGUAAUGACAGGAGUAUUAUAGAAACAGCCCCAUUUACACCUUGCGCUAACCUGUGGGUUUUGUGAUCUGAUCAAGGUUUGUUGCGUCUCUACAUAGUAUUAAAAUGUUUCUUAUCCAUC